AUGGCAGAAGUGCCACACAAGCCGGGUGUGUUCUACUCCGAUCACGCUGUCGUCACUGCAGAAUUCUUGAUUAUGAGGCACAGGGAGUCGAUUGCUGAAGAAGUCCCACCCGUAAACUCUCACGAGACAUUGGAAACCAUCCUUAUGGAGGCGGAUGGCAUAAUUAAGAAGCAGAUGAAGAUGGAAGAUCAGAAGAAGACAAUCCACCUCGUGAUUGCCGCCGUUCUCAUCUUGGCUUUUCUUAUCCUCGGGACCGGAGUGCCAGUGUGUCACCCAGCCUACAAGUUCUUCGCCUCGGCGUUGCUCAUGCUGGCUGGAGCUGGAGCUUUCUGUCUAAUUUGGGGAAACGUGAUUGGCAGGCCUUGUCUCAUGAGCAGUCUCCGCAAUGCCAAAGCCAUUGUCUGGAAUCAUCUCAGCGAACUUACCCAGGUGCCUGCAAGUCACUCCUAA